AACAAGUGGGUGUGUCAGAUUCUGGCCUAGGAGACGAAAAACAACACGAGCAACAUGCCUUCAGCAACACUGACAGUGCGGGAGCUGAAAAACAAAGACACAUGUAUUGACAUGACAGUACCAACUUAUAAAGAAACUAAAGGACUGUUACAGUCAAUUGAGUUCCAUGUAGUUGUGGUGUCGUCAUUACCUUUCUUCAAAUCAGCGAAACACAAACCUGGAGAUGUAGUCCAAUACAUGGUAUCGAAAAAAUUUGCUGAAUUUGAAGAUCUACACUCAAAACUGACUGGAAAGUUUUCAGGAACAGUCUUGCCUCCAUUGUCAAAGAAAGCCAUCCUUGUCAAUGCUUCUGUUGCCAAAGAAAGACGUGGCAAUCUUGAUUCCUUUCUGAAAUUUAUAGCUUGUACUCCGAAGCUUUCUACCUCCUCCGUCUUGCUGGAAUUUUUGGGUGUAAAUGCAAUAAAAGCAGGAAAGUACAGGAAGGAUGGAGAGCUUCAAGAAGACACAGACAAUAAUAAGAGUUCAGAAGACCAAGAUGAUUCAGCAGUGCAGGACACACAAGAUACUGAACAAAGUUUAUUUGAUGAAGAAGAGGAGGAGCAUGUAGAUGAUUUCUUCUCUAAAGAAGAAGAUACUGGAGGAGAGGAUAUCUUAGGAGGUGUAGAAGAUGAUUACACAAAUAGAUUUGAAGAUGAUACUAAGCUUUUUGAAGACCAAGAUUUAACGGGAGCCUUCACCGAAGAUGAUGCUAAUGAUUUUGUCCUUCCUGAUGCUAGGGAUGUGAAAACCAAAGACUCAUCAAGUUUGUUUACAGAGGAGGAUAAUUCUGACCUUUUCCAGAUCGACGAUGAUUUAGAUAAACUCUUGAAUAUUGAAACCAAAAAGCCUGAGACCAAACCCAAACCAUCACCUGGCCCCAUUGAAAAGUCAGAGAAGCCAGCUGUUUCCCCAAAGAAGCCAUCAGUCCCCUCACAGAAACCUUUGGUUUCUCCAGAAAAACCAGUACCAGCACCACGGAAACCAAAGCCUGCUGAGUUGCAAGAUACCAACAAGAAACCAGUGAUAAAGCCUAAACCGGGACUAUCGCCAAAACCAGUAUUACCAAGGAAACCAGCUUCUGGAGGUCAGGGGGUCAAACCAGUGUUACCAAAGAAACCAACUGCAACAAGUGGAGACAUUGAGUCUGAGAAACAAACAGUUGAAACACUGGAUACAGAUGAUAUCAUGCAGUAUAUUCAACAGAAUGCCUCACAGGAUGAUGACCUAGACUUGUUUUCAUGAUACAAAGGAGAUUAAUUUUGUGGUGCUAAGUUUAUUUUUGUGUAAAGAUGUUAAAAAUAAUGUUUUCUUUAAUAUUUAAACAGUAUACACGUAUCAAACUUUUAAUGUUUUAAUAUUUUAAUAUUUUUUGCAGUUAAAUGUUGUUAAUAUUUUUUGCAAUUUAACCAGAAUUUUGAAGCAACAAGAAUAUAAUCAUGGAAUGAUAUAAAACAAAAUUUGAGGCAUUGCCCUGUUAAAAAUCAAAGUGUAUUUUCCAGUAAUGUAUGAUUCAUGUGUUAAUUUAUAAAAAAAGAUAUAUCAAAUAUGAUGAGGAGUUAAAUUUUUUUGUGAUUUAAAAUACUCAUUAUAAGCAUAAUAUAAAUGUUCAUAUACAAAAUGAAAUCCAUUGUAUUUUAAUGCUUUAAUUAAUAAUAUACCAUUUAGCUGAUGUAUUGAGUUUAAUUGUUUAAUUAUGAUAUAACAAGUUUUAGAUUUAUUACUUACUGAGCAAUGUAACUAUAAUUUCAAUAAUGGUUGAAUGGUUUGACCUUGAGUUCCAUUAAUUGUUGAAUGAUAUGACCUUGAGUUCCGUUAGUUGUUGAAUGGGUUGACCUUGAUUUCCAUUAAUUGUUGAAUGAUAUGAUGUCGAGUUCCAUUAAUUGUUGAAUGAUUUGACCUUGAGUUUCAUGUAUUGUUGAAUGAUAUGACCUUGAAUUCUAUUAAUUGUGGGAAUGGUUUGACAUUGAGUUUCAUUUUUUGUUAAAUGAUAUGACCUUGAGUUCCAUUAAUUGUUGAAUGAUAUGACCUUGAGUUCCAUUAAUUUAUGAAUGUUCAAUGGUUUGACCUUGAUUUCCAUUAAUUAUUGAAUGAUAUGACCUUGAGUUUCAUUAAUUGUUGAAAGGUUUGACCUUGAGUUCCACUAAUUGUCGAAAGGUUUGACCUUGAGUUUCAUUAAUUGUUGAAAGGUUUGACCUUGAGUUUCAUUAAUUGUUGAAAGGUUUGACCUUGGGUUCCAUUGUUUAUUGAGCGAGAUUACACUGAUUUGUAUUUAUUAUUUUAAAAAAUAAGUUAUUGUCAUUAACUAUUGAACGAUUUGAGUAAGAGGUGUAUUUAUUGAGUGAUAAGGCAUGCAGCUUUAGAAAUGUGGGGUAAGACAAUCAUUUUCACUAUAAUUACGCAUGUUUUGUACAUAUUUGUGUAUAUUUUUUUGUGAAUGAAAUGCUCAAAAUAUUUACAAUCAAAUAUUAGAUGUAGUUGAAGAGGAGGAAGGAGAGAUUAGCUUUAAUGUUGUAUGAAUGAAAAGGUGGGUUUUGUUUGCCCUUCUUCCACAAUUGGCUAUAUUAAAAUGUUUGAUAUAAUAAGGGUUUAUAACCACAGGGACUUUCAACCUGUGAUCCAUAAAUAUGUAUGAUAGAUAUUGACUUGGAAUUCAUGUCAAGUCCCUGUGUCUAUAACUACACUAUCAUCUUAGCCUACACUUGGUAAUAAGCCCAUGCUUGGUAAUAAGCCCACACUUGGUAAUAAGCCCAUGUCUGGUUAUAAGCCCACACUUGGUAAUAAGCCCAUGUCUGGUUAUAAGCCAAUGUCUGGUAAUAAGCCCAUGUCUGGUAAUAAGCCCAUCCUAAUUUUGCUGUUCAGUAGAAAUACCAACAUUAUAUUCAUUUCACCUUCCAGUAUUGUUAAGCCUAUCGGAGUAUAGAUAUGUAUGGUAUGUAUGAUUAUAUGAAAUUUAAUGUAACAUGUUGUCUUCCAUAAUUAAAACUUGGUACAUGUUGUGUACCUACUGAUUAAUUGUUUACAUUAAUUGAUACUUCACUGAAUCCCUAAGUGUCAACAGAAUAAUUAUGUAAUAUUACUGUAAAUUAAUGUAGAUGACUUAAUUAACUUCAUGCAUGCUUAAUUCCACGAGGUGAUUUAUUUCUGUACUCAAAAAAUAUUGAUUCAAGGGCAUUUCACUUAUGUAUUUUCUCUUGUUUUAUAUGAAUCAUUGCUCACGUGAUAAUUGAUUUGUACAUGUAAUAAUUCUUAACCUUAAUUACAAAGAAUGACAGCUUUAACCAGGUUAUCAGGUACAUUUGGCAGUUUCAGCUGAUUUUGUUACUUAAGUAUUUUAACUUUACAUUGCCUAGGUAACAGAUGGAUGAACACCAUGAUUUUCUAGUUAUGAAUCAAAUAUGUUAAUAAGCACUUCAUAACAAGUGAGUAAAAGAUGAAAAAAAAACUUAAUUAAAUAAAAAAUUAAUUAAAUCUGUAAAA